UGGAGCGCAGCACCGCGAGCAGUAGGUUUGUGCUUGCUAGGUGGCUGGCUGGUUGGAACUUUCGUCCUCAUUGUGCAUGUUGAAUUCUGUGUUUUUACUUCAUUGCUUGUGCUACAGAACGAAUGGAGGAGCCGAGGAACCUUAUUCUAUAACGCUGAUCUAUCAAGUUCGUAACAGACCUCUAACCCUUGGAGAGUGCUACACCGGGCAGCCAACCAGCUUGCUUGUUCCAUCCGGCCAGUCAAUCAUGCGCUAGCUUACAUCUGCCUGUCCCCGCCCCUUUACCCUUCGGAAGGUGCCACUGCGUGUUGCUUUUAGAAAACUACUUUAGCUUCUGGGCUGCAAUUCAUCUAGCACAAUCAUUCGCUUUCUGCUUGUCUUAUCCAUCAUCUUUAUUAGUGUGUGCCGAAACACCACCUUCAGUCCCUGACAUUGCAACAAGACUGAGAGCAUUUGGAAAAGAAAGCAAAGGAAAAAAUUAGAGUAAUCAAGUCGACAAAUCGUGUGUCAAUCAAAAUAGUUUUCCGAAGAUUAAAGGUGGAAUCAGAACUUUCUAUUCGCAACUUCGGACCUCCCCCAAGAGCAAAGAUUUUUUUUUUACGUUUCGCAUCGCUGCUAGAAAGUAAAAACCCAAUACCCUUCACUACUAAUCACAACUCCUAACCAAAAACCCGAAACGAAAAAGAGAUCAAGAGAGUCAAGUCGAAAAGCAAGCUGCAGCUGAAGAAGCUCUGGGAAAGCACAGCCUAGCUCUUCCCUUCCCCGAGAGUGCCGCCGUCGCCAGCGUGUUGUGGAGCUCCGACGCAGUCGCCGCCGCCGCCUCUGCUGCUUGCCACGCGGCCAGAGCCAGAGCUAGCCACCACCACCAAUCAGCAGCCCCAGUCAGCGAGCCAAGACGUCCGCGACCCGCGGUCAAGAACCAGUGAUAUUUUCAUGGUCCAGUGAGAUUGAUAUUAAUAACCGUAAUAUUUUCCUCGUUACUAGUCUUCGUUUGCCAUAUAUUAUAAAAAUAUAUAACGCACGUUCCAAGUGAAUAUAAAGUAACUGUAUUAAAUACAAUAGGAUCCGUGUGAAACGUUUCUGAUUAAUGCAAUCGAAUGGUGAGAAGAUAUAUAAAGUGAAGAAUCUAUUUGUGAAAUUUGGUACUGUAAUUUUAAAAAGUGAGUGAUUUUUAAAGAGAGAAAAGAACAACCUUUAUAUCUACAAUAAUUAAUUGAACUGAAACGAAUAUAUCCUACAUAAAUAUUCACAUACGCAUAUAUAAAUAUAUAUUUUUUGUGUACGUACUGAGAAUCAUACAUCGAGUGAACUAAGCAAAACAAAUCAAAACAAAAAAAUAAUCAGCAUCUCCGUUCGUCUACAAAACUGUUGCGGGUUCUGCGAGUUCAAUUUAACGAAACAAUUCGUCCCUCCAGAGAGCAAGGCCAGCAACACAAGCGACCUGCAAGAAACUCUGCAGCCGCCGCCGCCGUCGUCGUCGCCCGUCGUCGCCGCCGCCGCGUCCUCCUGAGCUCCCUCCUCCCCACCCCCGCCGCCCCGCGAGCGCGCGCCAGCCGAGCGUGGUCGCCGCUGCUGCCGCGGCGGUCCCCGCAGUCACUGCUGCGAGAGGCGAGCGUGUGAGCGAGCGCGCGAACUCUUCGUCGCCGCCGCCCUCGUCUUCGUCGUCGCCGCCGUCGUCGUCGUCGUCGCCUUCGUCGACGCCGUCGUCGUCGUCGUCGCCGCCGCGCCGCGCCUCUGGCACUUUUUCCUCCGCCUCCCGCCCCUUCGCCAAUCGCCGCCAUCAUUCUGUUCCCCGGCGGGCUCGUCAGCGCCACGCCCCCUCCUCCCCCCAACCCUCCGAGCUCCCCCUUACCGUUCCCCGACUCCCCGGCCGCUUCCAGCAUGGCCAUGGUCAACAUGAACAACCUGCUGAACGGCAAGGACUCGCGCUGGCUGCAGCUCGAGGUGUGUCGCGAGUUCCAACGGAACAAGUGCACGCGACCCGACACCGAGUGCAAGUUCGCGCACCCGCCCGCCAACGUGGAGGUGCAGAACGGCCGCGUGACCGCCUGCUACGACAGCAUCAAGGUCAUGUGGAGGUUGUGGACAUGAAGGUUACGGUGUGCCGGGAUGCAGCAAAGGGGAAAUGUGUACGCCCGCUAUGUAAAUACUACCACAUCCCCAUCACCCUGCCCCCGGCAGGACAGAUGGCACAGCUGUCAACCGCCAUGCUUUGCCCACAAGUAUUUGCGUUUAAUUCCUAGUUUACACUCAUUCAGACAAGUCUGUUUUUCACUUGUUCUUGAGAGUGUUUUAUUUUCUUUUUGUUGUUUAAAAAACAAUUGAACUUGUUUCAUAUAAUGUUUAUAUAAUUAUUCUAAUGUCAUAAAAUGACACAAAAAUAUAUUGAUUUAUGAUGUUAAUUUUGCGUUAUGUAAAGUUAUAAAAGUCCUAUGGAGUAGCAGGUUCGCGGGUUGCCAAGGCAGUGUGAAUGUGGAGUGUGUUGUAAGGUGGGCUCGUCCAUCUGCAGGCGCGCUCAGGUCCACACAACAUGGAGAAUUGAUGGCGAGGUUUUUAUACUGAUUGUCCUAGUUUCUUUUUGUAUCAUACAAAAGAAAACAAAUCCCUUCUAAAGGGUUAAUUGAACAAAACUAUUGUUUUGUAUCGUUCCCUAAUUAGAAUAGUAGUUAACCAAACGUGCUCCUAGGUCUUGAGAAUGCCCCCAGCGUCACAAGAGGAAAGAGAGGUGCAAAUGAGAUAGAUGGGGAUUAUCAGCACUGACAUGUUACAGACUGAGUCACCCACCAUUCUGCAAUUCAUUCAAAGAAGAAUAAAAAAAAAUUACUAUUUGUUAGAACUUUAGGAUAGUGGUCUUAUGGUUUGGCAGAAAUCAUUGUAUAUUCUAAAGUAAUCUGACAGUCAACAAAUAUGUAUUGAUAAAAACAAUAUUCUUUCCUAAUUUAUUUUGCAUCAAGUGGUAUGAUACUUAUGAACAUCAUAGACAGGUUAAAAUUUAUGGAAGACUGCUAAAGGUCACUGCCAUGGUGUCAUGAAAUAGGUGUCACCUGUGAUUUCAAUGAAUUGUUGGAGUUUCUUUCUGCCAUUCCAUAAAACCACAACAAUUAAAAAAAAAUAAAGAUUGGUUCUAGUCAAAUGAGUGAUUGUAACUCAGUCUCUAACUGGUGUUCUGUCCUUAGAGGCUGUGACAAACGUAUUUGGAUGUUUCCCUUAAACAUGUACGUAGUGCAAACAGGACCAAAGAGCCUCGCAAGAAAGAAAGCAUAAAAAAGAACAAAUAUCUGGAGGUCUUCUUUGCACUAUACUUGUACUGUACUCCGUGAUAUCUCUCAGACGAAAGAAGUGCCACAUUUUUUUAAAAACUGAAGUAAAUGUUCCUGUACAGCAUUUAAGAAUCCAAGUUAGGUCAGGGCAAAGGAUUUUUUUUUUCUUCUUAGCAGGCUCGAUAGUGUGUUUUGGUUGGAUUCUGUCGGUUAACAGUCAAGUUGCCAAACCUCAGUGAGUUGGUGUUUGGUAUUAAAGGGCAAGAUGAAGUGAAUACUUCCUGUACAUAUGUAAACAGACAUGGUUUGUUGUGAAAUGAAUGUGAUAAUGGAGUAUUUGAAAGGGUAUUAUAUUGUAUUUAGAUUGUAAAAUGUAGGAUCUUCUUGUUUUCAAAAGAAUUAUUAUAUUGUUUAUAUUUAAUUUGAUAAUAGGACUUGAACGCAAGCCUCGACCAUCUUCUCAAUGAGGAAUGACAGAGUUGGUGUUGUUAAGAACAAAAGAAAAAUAUGUGUUGUGUACAUAGAUAUAUGAGAAGAUGAAUGAAUGCAUGGUUAACAACCUUGGACAAGUUUUAAAAAGUGGAUGUUACUUUUAUUCUGGAGUUAGAUAUACUAGUGACUAAUGAAAAUUUAGGCCAUGUUGUUGAGGUGGAUCUUUCCCUUUAAUACCAAGAUUUUGAAGAGUGAGCUUCCAGAAUUGACUGUAGUCAAGGGUCUAGGCAGCAUUUUUACGGAAGAGUUCCGGCAGAGCAGGGUUAGCUUGAGUCGCUGCUUGCUAGCUUAUAGGUGUCACCAUGUUUAUAGGCUUUGAUCGCUUGUUUUAAUGCCUAAGAAACAGGACGCAAGAUUAAACUGAGCAUCGCAGGCUUUUUGUCCGCAGUUAUAGAGUAUUCCAGCACCGGCUGCUCCUGGAAGUGGUGUGGCAAUGAAGUAAUCGGGCCUGGAGAGAACCCUACCCUUCCCCAUCCACUCCUCACUGCGGCUUACUGGGAAACAAAGCACUUCCAUUCUUGCUGUCCAGAGUAAAUGAUUCUUGACUGCUCCCUCCCCGUUUAGGUACCAGGCAUGUCAGGUUGGGCCAGCCCUAAGACCUAUUCCUCCACUAUCAGGUGGUAUUAAGAAGCCACCAGCAUAGAGUUUAUAAUGUAGUCGUAAAUUAGAAGUGUAACCACAUACCAUGUAACAUGACAAUGUAGAUAAUGUAAUCCUUCAAUAAUUAUUUUAAAAAUAGUUUAAAGUCACAACUACAUUCAUUCAAGAAUGGACAUGCUUUGUUUGAAGCAAAACAUACCCUUGCAUUUUACAUUGCAUGUAACCUAUUACUUGGGUGUGAUGACGUAGUUAUUAGCUUUCUUUCUGUAUGCUUAGAUCCAAUAAUUGACCCAGCCACAAGUUGUUUAGUUUGGCUGCGAGGAGGCUUUGUGUAGACACAGCCUCAUCAGGUUUUUACUCCUUGUAUAGUGCAGUGCAUGCAUGCAUGCUUAGACUGCUUUUGAGGACAGAGAAUGACUCAUUGUAAUGUCUCUAGAGAUCUCAUAGCUAUUCAAAACUACACUUCCUAGGCUAUCGGUAUAUUCAGUAAUUUAGAAAUAUAUUUUAAUGUGCUUGUUACUCCACUGGAAAAUGGCAGAUAUAACGUGUCUGUCUACUUUGUGUAUUAUUAUGUAGAUAAAAUAUAAUAGACUUUUAUCAUAAUUAUUUUGGCUGAUGUAUAUGUUAUAAAUACAUGUAUAAAAUAUGUCAUGAACAAUUUAUAUUUAUCUUCACUUUCCAGUGGAUUCAAAAAAGAAGGGAUCUUCCCAAUCCACAUAAUUCGAAGACAUUUUAGUAAUUGUUUUAAGAAAAAUAUACAUAAACAAAUAAAUAUAAUAAAUAAAUAAAUAAAUAUAUAUAUAUAUACACACACACACUUGAGUUGUUAGGUUUUUGAAUGUUGUGCAAGGUUGGAUGCAAUGUAUACUCGUCAAUUACAGUAAAGGACAGUAGUGAAUGCCUUUUAAUGUCAAAGAGGACAGUGGGCCUUUGAUCACUCAGUAAAAGUUCUAGUAGUGUGUACAUUGUCUGGUGCAUGUUCCAUCUUACUCUACCAUGUGAAUUUUUGAGAAGGUCCCUUCUCGUUUGAUAAGAGAUGAUUUCUAAUGUCCACUUGCCACUACAUCUUGGUGGUCUUCUGAGCAUAGAUCACACAAAUUUAGGUUAAACACGUUCUACAGAAGGAAAUGAAAAGGAUUGUACACCACUAUUUGUACAUAUUGGAAACAUAGAGAGUAAGUUUUUGUGACAUUUUUUGCUUUUUUCAGGCUUUGUGGCAACCCUGCAAGCAGCUUGGUUAGGUCAUGCGUAUUUUCAUUUUCCCUUUCAAGCCUCAACUAACAGACAUGCAUCUUACUCAGUCUAGUGGGGCCUAUUCAAAACACUGUUUGUGAUUUGAGCAAGCCUUUUUCUAGACAGGAGAAUGUGUGUUUCCAAGUCCACAUAGCUGAGCAUAAUUCCCCCCUUGACUAUAAGUAAUCAAGGCCUGUUUCCCACUCUUUCACUUAUCUUGUAGGCUGGCUGUCUUUGAGUCCAGUGUAUUGUAUCUAGUUGAAUCUAUUUUUGAAGAUCAGAUGAGAAUGAAAGCAUGAGUCACUAUUGAGAAAAGAGGAUCUCACAUAGGACGUGUCAGUGGCUCAGUAUUUUUUCAUUUUAUCAAUAAUUUUGUGAUAUUUUAGUAAUGAUUGUUAUUUAAGUCUCACUAUAACCAUUACUUGUACCUUGUUAUGUUAUUGUUAGACUUUACAAUUCACAUUAGCAUAUUCAGAAAUGAGGAGAAAACUGAAGGCUAGAUGAAAGUAUGUUAUUUUGUGAAUUCAUUACCAAUUCAGGUAACAGAACAUAAAGGAGAAAUCCCUUUUUUCAGAUUUGGUUUUCUCCUUGUUGUUGAAUAGUUUGUAUAAAAACUAGGUGUGGGAAUGUGUAUGACACAUAAGACACCUACUCUCUGUGGAAGUUAAUAUCUGCAAUGAGUGGAUGCAUCGUUGGUCACACCAAAACUCCAAAAUGCCUUUAUUUUUUAACAAGGUUAUUUAUAAAGUUGUAAAUCUUUCAAGAUAUUUUCAACAGAAAGCAAAGAUUAAAUGAUCAUGUAUUAAUUGUGCUUCAAUAUAAAAGGAUAGAAUGUGGAAAAGAGACACUCCUCUUGUGUCUCAAAAUGUACUCACGUAAGUGAGAUAUAUAUACAUACUAUAUGUUGUAAAAGUAACUUUUUUAUGGACAUGAACGCUACAAGAAAAUACAUCAUCUGUACUGAUUAGAAUUAAUAUCUGAAAUAUCAAGCACAAUUAAUGCCACACACAUAAUGAAAUAUGCCUAUCGUGAUGUGUAUUAAAAAUACAAUUUUUGUAUAUUAAAAUAAUUUAAAAGUUGGUAUUGCAAAUGUCUACAUGCACCAGACCAAAAUUAAUUAAAAUAUCUUGAAAGAAUUUUUGCAAAGUGCUUGUGGGGACAUUUCAUUGGCUUGAAUGUUCAUAUUAAUCAAUAUCUGUCUUGUUUUAUUCUUUAAUGAGAUUACUUGUUGCUUGCGUGCCAAAGUUACAUUCCAAUCAUUCUGAUGAAAUUAUUACCAUUUAUUGUAAUCAUUUGUUAUUUAAUCAAUCUUUUAAAUCAGUGUUUAAUUUUUUUAUUGAUAAUAUGUUUGUGUUUGGAGUGAAGUGUCUUCACAAAUAUCAAAUAAACCAUUCUCUCAAUAAAACAGAAUCCCUCCCUGGAACAGUCGGCAUUGUCCCUUAGCAUGGCAGAUAUUACUCCUUCAGAUGUAUGAUUGGGUAUUAACCACUUACAUCUGUAUAAAACUGAUGAAAGUGGGAGCAGAAACAAGAUGAAGAGGAAAUCCCCCUGUUCCCCAUUUUCUGAGUACAGUAGUCAAUAAACAAUUAUGUGAAAGGAGAUAACGUGUCUCAUUUACUUUUUAUAUUUCAAGAAGAUAUAAAUAAUGUUAUGAACACCAUUAUUUUUCAAAUUUCUAAAACAAUUACAUCCACUACAAUAGGCUACUGUACAAGUUAUAACAGUAUUGGUAACAGUAAUCAGAAUACAUGAAUAUAUAUGCCAUAGUUUAAGAUAAGAGAGGAGUGAUUUUCAUUCUAUAAAUUACCGAGAAACAGUGGAUGCUCCUCAUACUCAUCUGUUCGUAAGAUUUUAGUGUCAAAGAAAACCCAGAAACUCAGAUUUUGCUGGUACAUUUCCUUUCCUCUUUCUCAACCUUCAGCUUAUGAAUAUCUGUGAUUCUGUGCAGUA